AUGCCCGAGGCACUUGUCAGUCUCCUUGUUGAACAAUUGGGUUCAGUAGUUUACCAUCAGACAAGUGAAGGGGUCAAACUGGUUUUGAAUGGCAAGAAGGACAUUGAAAAGUUCAGCAGCACCCUCAAACUCAUUAAGAAUGUGCUUCAUGAUGCUGAGAAGAAGCAAGUGUCGGAUCCCGGUGUUAAAGACUGGUUGGAUCAGCUCAAAGAUGUGUCGUACAAGAUGAAUGACAUGGUGGAUGCUUGGAACACUGAAAUUGGGAAACGAGAAGCUGAGAAACAAGAAAAAGAGGUACGUUUCUCAAUUCGUUGCAACUGCAUUUGUCUUGCCCGAUUGAAUAAGGUAACUCGUCGUUGUAAGAUUGGUACUGCAAAAAAAGAUCUGAACGAAGAGUUAACUAAGAUUUACAUUGACAAAAACAAGUAUAGCUUUCAAUCCACCAUGCCUACUGCUGCAGCCAAUGUUGAACAACAUAAUCCCUGA